AUGAGGAACAAGGGCAGCCCUGACGUCACAGGGAUGGGCAUUACCCCACCACGGGGGCUGAUGACCAUCCGCGAGGUGACGGGCUACAUCCUGAUCGCCAUGAACGUCUUCGCCUCGCUGCCGCUGCGGAACCUGCGCGUCAUCCGCGGGACGCAGUUCUACGAGGAGAGGUACGCGCUCUUCGUGCUGCUCAACUACAACCCCAACGCCACGCACGCGCUGCGCCAGCUCGGCCUCAACCAGCUCACAGGCUGGAUGAUCGACGAGAACAUCCGUCCCACCUUCAAGGAGCUGGCGAACGAGUUCACACGCAUGGCCCGCGACCCCCCCCGCUACCUGGUGAUCAAGCCACCGCUUUUCCGCUCCUUUCCCACCGUGUGCUAUAGAGCACGGGGCACGCUGUCGUCUGCGGUGGAACCAAACCGCUGCCGGGACUUGCAGGCACUCGGAUGUGCCCAAAAGUCGGAACAGGCAGCAAACCUCCUCUGGCUGCAGCACGGAGCGAGGCCUGUGGGGUUCCUGGUGUCAGGCAGCGUGCUGGCAGCUGCCAGGCCGGAGCAGGAGCACGUGGGUUACGUUUAA